ACCCAACCUGUUCACUUGAAAAUGUAGAUCACACUGCCACUUACUAUUUUGCUAUUUAUGGGACUCUCAGUAAUUAUUUGUGAUAUAUAGGUCUAUAGCCCACAGUUACAUGGGACUUUCUUUUUAUUUUUAUUUUUUUCCCCUGAAAGCAUUUCAAAAAGUAAUUUUUUAGAAAAGAAGUAUGUUUAGAUUAAUUCUUUCCCAGUCUUGUUUCUAAUGGGUAACUAAGCGUUGUCUUCAUUAUAUACUAUCUUUAACAACAGUGCCUUUGCCCAGCUCAAAGAUAAAGGAUUUGAGCAAUACAAAGUGUUGGACAUUAAGAAGCAGUUCCCUGAGCAUAAUCAAAAUGCUAAAAUUAUAAAAAGAACAAAUCUGUUUACUUAUAUGGGGUACGUAAUCUAAUUGGUGGUAUGUUAGAGCAAAUGGGUAUAUAGCAAGUUGUGGUAUAAACUGGUUUCAUGUAACGUCUGGAAUUUAAGACAAAAUUGGGCCCUCUAGCUCAGGGGUUACACCAUAGAGUAGAGCUUCUUAAGCUGGCUUCCUUAUAUGCUCAUUCAUUCAUUCACUUAAUUCUGCAAGUACUUUCUAGAAGGUCAGAGAGCAGUCCAUUGUGUGACAGGGCCACCUUGCAAGUGUUUUUGAACUUUCUGUGUACCAGGCACUCUGUGUAGUGCUGUGUAUACAGGAAUGAAAAAGAUGUAGUCUCUAAUCUUAUAGAUGUGUGCUUUCUCGUUAGUUUUCUACCCCGAGUACUUAAAGUAAAAAGGAUGAAGAUUUUAUCAAAGAAAGAUAUGGGAUCAUGGUCUUUCCCUAAAUUUUCUAUUCUAUGUUGGCUUUUAUUUUUUUUUGGAGUCUUUUUAAUCCAAAAGCAAGCUUGCUGACCCUCAAAAAUGAAUGUAUUUCUGUUUCUAGUUGUAACUAAUCACCCAGUCAUAAAAAUUAGGUGUUCUCUAGUCUAGUCUCUUUUAUGUAGCUCUCCCAUCCAGGCAGUCCAUAAGGCAAAACUUCCUCUGCAUUUGGUCACCUCUUCAGUUCUGGCUGCCAUUUUCCUUUCUUAGACCUUGUCAACUUCUGGUUGUCUUACUGUCAUAACUGGUGCGUCCUCCUUCACUUUUUCCUAAGCUCUGGCAUAUUCUAAAUAUGAAAACCAGGUUAAUCAUCUGAAAACACAACUUUGAUUUUUAGUGGUUCUCCAUUGUGUCCUGAGUAAAGACCAGACUUUUUAGCUUGGCUUACGAGAUCUGUGAUCUGGCCUCUUCAGUCUUAUUAGCUCAGGCUUCUCUCUCAUGUUCAGAUGUGUUUAUUCCAGCUAACCUGAACUCUUAAUGCACCUACAUGCUCACUGUUUGUUCCUCCUUCUGAGUCUGCUCACCUGGUCCUGUAUGUUUAGAAUGCCCAGCCUCUCCAUGUCUGCCUGUUAAAGGCCUUCCUAUUAAGUUCCAUUUUAAGCCUUCCUGGCAGUGAUAGUCUAUGUUAUAGUAAUCUCAUUUUAAGUUGUAUUUUUCUGAUUAUUACUGAAGUUGAAUUUUUUUUUUUUUUUUUUUUUAAAUUCUUGGCUAUUUGGACCUCCUCUUUGUACUUAACAGCAUUUAAUACAGUCUGUGUUGUGGUGAAGUUAUUUGUGUAUAUAUUUUAUAUUCUACGUGAUCCCUUAGGUGGGAAACAUGUUUUAUGCUUAUGUUGCUGCUGCAGCUGCUAUUACCACUUCUACUACUAUCUUAUAACUGCUUAACAUUUCACAGUUCACAGAGAACUUUCAUGUAAGUAAACAUUCCCCUAAAUGAAACACAGAAAACAGUCUUGAUUCCUGUUCUGUGGAGUAUAUGUAGGGCAUGCUGGGAGAUAAAAUGGUAUUAGAAACUUCCCUAUCUCUAGUUGCUAAAAAUCUAGUAGUAAAAAUAGGAAGACAUGUAAAUUAUUAACUAAAUGCUAAGAUAAAGAACAGACCCUAUUUAAAAUUGCAAUUCCCUCAGCACUCCUUCUUUGCUUUAUUUUUCUCCAUAACACUUAACACCACCUACCAUUGAUUGACUGCCUUUUUCUCCCAGCUCUAAUGUAAGCUCCGCAAGGGCAAUAUAGUUUGUCCCUUUUGUUUGCCACUGUGAUCCAGUUCUUAGAACAGUGUUCAGUAGGCGCUCAAUAACAUUUAAAUUUUUUUUGAAAAAAAAGGUAAGCGCCAUGCAUUGUACAAAAUGCUGUAGGAAUUCUGUAGUCCUCAGGAAUACCACACAAAGGGCAGCGUGAGACUGCAUCUAGACAGAUACAAAAAUUUGGGUGGGCAAUGGCAACUAGAGUAUCUUGCUAGAGCUGCAAAUAUACUUCUAGAAAUUGAACCAAGGUUAUGGAUUCUGUUUUAACAGCGGUUUUCAGAACAAUGGAGGGAACAGUCCUUAAAUUCUUUAGGUCAGCUCCUAUCUUCAGUUUUCAAGUCUGGACACUAUCCUUUGAGGGAGGUAGUGACAAAGCAAGAAGGUAAAGCACUUGGAAAAUACAGUAAGUGAACUAUGGUUCAAAAGGAAACAAAAGGGAAAAACUCAAGAGAGAAGGGAGGAAGAGGGAAGAUGCAGAGGAACAUGAGAACAAGCUUCGUAUACUCAAGGAAUAUAUUUGUUCAGUGUUUAAAGCCAAUCAUUUUCCUCAUCUCUGUGGUACUUUAUAGACUGUUGAAAUUUAGUAGUUAAUAAUUUGCUAUCUUGUUUGAGUAGUUUCACUAUUAAAAAUCUCAUGGCCUCUGCAAAAUUAUAAUCUUGAGAAUAAUCUAUACUCAUUUUGGUCCUUUAUAUAACAUCAAGCUCAUUGUGGCAUAUGCUAAUUUCUUAGGACUCACCUGAUUUUAAAAAUGUGUUUGGCUGGAUAAAUUCCAAAUUUGUAACCAGAAGCAAUUGCCUGCACUUCGGAUUUCUCUAACCUGAGAAAAAAUAAGGUUGAACAAUGUUUAAAACGUUUGAAAAACAUGAAUUUGGCAGGUUCAAUUCAAGACCUGUUUGAGUUGUUUUUUCCCAGUAAAAAUCAGCCUGUAAAUACCAGUGUCGUCCCCGGUCAGCCAGUGGUGGAGUUGGUGUUGAUGAAGGUUUUGGGAGCCUGCAAGUUGUUGCUUCGCUUAUUGGACUGCUGCUGCAAAACAUUUCUCUGGACUGUGAAACAUCUAGGUUUGCAAGAGUUCAUUAUUUUAAACCUUGUGAUAGUGGGGCUGGUGAGCAGGUUAUGGGUUCUCUAUAAAGGUGUUUUUAAAAGGUUGAUUUUGUUCUACGAGACUUUGUUUGGAUUGCUUCAAGAAGUCUCUAGGAUUCAACCAAUGCCUUACUUCAAAGAUUUUACCUUUCCUUCUGAUAUCACUGAAUUUUUAGGACAGCCAUUUUUUGAAGUCUUUAAGAAAGAAAUACCUACAGCUUUUGCAGCUAGAGGAAUAACUAAAUGGCUAAAUAAGCUGUUUUUAAUAAGCGAGCAGUCACCAAAGGCCAUUGAAGAAACCUUACUUGGAAUUUCCAAAAAUGAUGAACAAAUGAAGAUAAAUACACAGAAUAAUGAGGAUCUUGGACAGCCAGUAAAGAAGAAGAAAGUUUUCAAAGAAAAGUCAUCAGAAUUUGAUGUGAGGGCUUUCUGCAACCAGCUGAAACACAAAGCUACACAGACCAGCUUUGAUUUUAAACUAAAGACAACCAAGCAUUCUUCUCAGAAAGUGAUAGCAACUCCUCAAGCCAGACGUUUUGUGCAAAGAUUCCGAGAGGCUGAGUCUUUUACACAACUUUCUGAAGAAAUCCAAAUGGCAGUUGUAUGGUGCAGGAGCAGAAAACUCAAGGCUCAGGCCAUUUUUCUGUGUAACAAACUUCUUAAAAGCAACCGGCUUAAACAUCUGGAAGCUCAAGGUACUAGUUUGCCGAAGAAACUAGACUGCAUAAAAACGUCUAUUUGCAACUGCCUUCUUCGUGGCUUAGGUAUUAAAACUUCAAAGCAUCAUCUGAGACAGAGAAGAUCACAGAAUAAAUUUUUACGGAGACAAAGGAAACCACAGAGAAAGCUGCAGUCGACUCUUUUAAGGAAAAUUCAGCAAUUCUCUCAAGGGACUCAGAAUGUUGCUGCAGAUACUGGUGCUAAGUGGAGACUCGCACACUGUACUGUGCAUAGAACUCAUCUCUACCCUAAGAGUAAGCAAUUCUUGAGUAGUGGAGUUUCAAUGACUGUCAUGCAAACUAAGGAGAAAAUGAUUCAUGAAAAUCUUAGAGGCAUCCAUGAAAAUGAAACUGAUUCGUACACAGUGAUGCAGAGAAAUAAAAACAGUACAUCAGGAACUAUUAAGGAGACAGAUGACAUUGAUGAUAUUUUUGCUUUAAUGGGAGUUUAGAUGUUCGUACAUGAGACUUAAUAAGUGAUUACCAAGGCUAGUUCAGUAUUCUGUUUUAAGUGGAACUGCUGAGAUCUGGAAGUACCACCUGGACUCACAGAGGAGCUGCUUUAGUGCAGCAUUGCAGAGGAAUUCAUUCCAUUUUAGUUAGGUUUACAUUUAAAGUAGCACCAUGCCAUUCAUCAACAAGUACUUCUUUUUGGCUUCAACCACAUGCCAGGUGUUAAGAUGAAAAGUCUGCCACAGCCUGCCUUUGAGAACCAGAUGUAAUUCCUUGAGUGAGGCUAGUAAGUCUCUGAGACAUUGAAUAAUUUGACUUACCAGUUUAAUAACCAUUUGCAAAAACCAUUGUGCCUUGAGGUAGAUGAGGAGUAGCAAGGAAACACCUGAAAGGUCAUUUUGGCCUCAUUAGCUCCAUUGUAGGUAGGUCUGCCUCUUAAUACUAAAGUUUGUAGCUCCUGACAAUUGUGCUGUCUUGUUUAUAUAUUGGAAUUGAUCAUCAAGCUUUGCCGCUGCUUGUAUUACCAGAGUCUGGUUACAACCGUUAUUUCUGUUCAUUUGUUCAUCUUAUAUUAAAGUGAGUUUGGAGUUCUCCAA